AUGCACGAGAGAAGCACUGCUUCCCCGCCACAAAAGCCAUCCCCCGGGAGUGUUCUUGGGCAGUCAUUCUCCCCUGGGGCUUUGGCAAUAGAUCCAGUCUUGAACUUCAUGGAUAAUACCACUUUCUUGGUUUCACAGAAGAAGGAGAAAAAGUGUAACAAGAAAAAAACUCACAGUACAGAAGUUUCUCAUUUGGCGUUUCUCUGGAAGUGCAACUCAUUAACCUUGCUUUCCUCUUCUUUAUGUUCCUUCUCUUCUCUUUCCUCUUCCCCUCGUUCGUCAAUUUCUAUUCUUCUCUGUUUCAGCAAAACAAUAUCAGUCAAGGUAAUUGAUGAUGAGGAGUAUGAGAAAAACAAGACCUUCUUCCUUGAGAUUGGAGAGCCCCGCCUGGUGGAAAUGAGUGAGAAGAAAGGUGGCUUCACAAUAACAGGCCACCCUGUCUUCAGGAAGGUUCACGCUAGAGAACGUCCGAUUCCCUCUACCGUAAUCACCAUUGCAGAGGAAUGUGAUGACAAGCAGCCGCUGACCAGCAAAGAGGAAGAGGAGAGGCGCAUUGCAGAAAUGGGGCGCCCUAUCCUGGGAGAACACACCAAGUUGGAAGUGAUCAUUGAAGAAUCCUAUGAAUUCAAGAGUACUGUGGACAAACUCAUUAAGAAGACAAACCUGGCCCUUGUGGUUGGGACAAACAGCUGGAGGGAACAGUUCAUUGAAGCUAUCACUGUCAGUGCUGGGGAAGAUGAUGACGACGACGAAUGUGGGGAAGAGAAGCUGCCCUCCUGUUUCGAUUACGUGAUGCACUUUCUGACUGUGUUCUGGAAAGUCCUCUUUGCCUUCGUCCCCCCUACAGAAUACUGGAAUGGCUGGGCGUGUUUUAUUGUCUCCAUCCUGAUGAUUGGCCUACUGACAGCUUUCAUCGGAGACCUGGCUUCCCACUUUGGCUGCACCAUUGGCCUGAAAGAUUCCGUGACUGCAGUCGUGUUCGUCGCACUUGGAACUUCAGUGCCAGACACAUUUGCCAGCAAAGUGGCAGCCACCCAGGACCAGUAUGCAGACGCCUCCAUAGGUAACGUCACUGGCAGCAACGCGGUGAAUGUCUUCCUGGGAAUCGGUGUGGCCUGGUCCAUCGCUGCCAUCUACCACGCGGCCAAUGGGGAACAGUUCAAAGUGUCCCCUGGCACACUAGCUUUCUCUGUCACUCUCUUCACCAUAUUUGCUUUCAUCAAUGUGGGGGUGCUGCUGUAUCGGCGGAGGCCAGAAAUCGGAGGUGAGCUGGGUGGGCCCCGGACUGCCAAGCUCCUCACAUCCUGCCUCUUUGUGCUCCUGUGGCUCUUGUACAUUUUCUUCUCCUCCCUGGAGGCCUACUGCCACAUAGAAGGCUUCUAAAGGAACAAUCAGAUAUAGUAAAUUUAUAUAUAUAUAUAUACAUAUAUAUACAUAAAAAAUUAUGUAUAGCGAACAGAGGAAACUGGCAUUUGUCAUGUUCACUCACCUGCUGAUGGAAUCCAGCUUCAAGAGCAUAAUGUACUAGGGCCGAAGUAAGAAAGCAUCACCUCCCAUUCCCAGGGGCAUCGUCACAUUGAACAAGGCAUGGAGGCAGGGCCAUUUUUGCAGCUUGGCCGAGAAGGGCUGUACUCUCUCCAGGUUCAUAUAUCAUUAAGGUUUUGAUUUGUUUCCUUGUUUUUGAUUUUGUUUUCAGUGAGGUCAGGGUGGUGGUUAAUGUUUGGCUUUUAUUUUUUGUUUUAUUUUGUUCUGUCGAGAGGGUCAGGGUUUUUGCUUCUCUCUGUGGGAGGUGAUGACCCAUCCAAAUGGAAAUGGGUUUUUGGUGAAAAUUUAAAUCAUGAAGAUUCUCUUCACCUCCCCCAAAUACUUUAAAAAUUAUUUUGGGUUAAGAAACGAUCUGGGCAUGAAAGAAGAAAGAAGCAUGUCUUCACCAUAUUACCACAUUUCAUGCUUGUCUCUGGAACAUGAGCAGAGGUGAAGCUGCCUCCAAGAAGAAGCGCGGGAGCUGGAAUGAAACCAGGAAAAGUGACAGUUCUAGAUAUAGCCUGAUAUUUAGGGAUGCGAUGCCUGGCACUCUUGUUCAACAGGUACAGGGAUAAUGUGCCUAGAUUCCCGGGAACAUGCACAAUCUUUUAUUUCUUAUCUCUUCAGCUCUAGACUGUGAUUAGCAAGGCCCUUCUUCUAGCAUUCCAGCCCAGCUGACCCCCCUGUCCCAACCCUCCUUCUCCUGCCCACCUUCCCAUCCCCUACAAACAGGAAGAACAACCCCAUUCAAAAAGCACAUCAUCCUUUUCCAUUUGCAUCAAUGUGUCCCAGUCCCAUGUUGCCGUUGCCUGGGAUUGUCCGUCAGUUUUAUUUUCGAAGGCAUCCAUGGCUUGCACAAUCCUGUUCCAGUCAUGACUGAACAUGUGCUCCUUCCUCAUGUGCCUGUUUGGGAAUGUUGUUGUGAUGCCUGUUACACAGUGCAUGAAUGAAAAAUCAAUAAAACAAAGCGUAUCUGUAGAUAGUAGAGUAUAGCAAAUACUGUUCUCCCAUUCGGCAACGUUGAUUGGACAUUGAAGACAUAAGUGAGUUUUCUUUUCGCCUGAGUUGUUACUUUUGUGUUGUUAUUGAAUUUGAUUAUUACUAGGGAUAAAAAGAGAAAAUGGCUUAUUGUUCAUGGAUCUGCACAUUCUUUUCUAAGAAGCAAUAACUGUCAUAUGAGGUGAAGUUAAAGUUGUUAAAAGGAUAGCAGGCAAACUAUGAAGAUCUUCAUGGAAAAUUAGCCAUAUGGAAUACAUCAGAGGCCUCUAAGAAUCAUUCACUAAUUCAGGAAGGCCAGGGAGAAAGGCGUUGUACAGAAGUGGAGGUGCUAGAUGUGCCUGGGCUUUCAGAACCGCCAUUCCCAUAACACCCCUUUCCCCAAAGUAUUUAUUUCACAUCUGCUCUGUCUGGCACAGAUGGUAGAUAGUGCUGGUUUGUUCACUUUAUUUUUUUAUGUAGAAGGCUAUUUUGAGCCCUGUUUCUUUCACCAUUCAGUGCAGGCCCCUCUGAUUAUAUUAGUAGUUCCUGAAUAGGGAAGAAGCCAGGGUGACCGGUGGGCCUUUAAAAGUAAGUCUCCUCUACUUAUGACUAAACAGAAGGUGAUUCAAUGAGAUUAGUGACUCCCAGUAGGACUGCACUGGGAGGUUUUUAACCCUUUAAAAGGAAUGGCUCUUUCUCUUUCAAAAUACCAAAGAACGUGGGUAAACCCAACAUUCCAAAGCAGUGAGUCUACUAAUGAGGAAAAAUGGAAUGACUUUGGUCACCUCUCAGAAACUUCAUCUGUAAAGAAUCCCAGGCUGGAAACAUCCCCGGCCCUCUGUAUUGAUUCAGAGAUAUUUAAGAAAUAAAAGCUGUUGAGACUUAUUUUCUCUUCUUCCCCUUAGAUAUCAUGUCAUUCAUCAUUUAAUAAACAUUUUGUGAUUGAAUGAAUAAAUUAAAUGCUGGUUGCCCACUCAAUAUGCUAGGUAGUAUGCUACUUCCUGGUGACUAAACCAUGACCAAGACAGCCCAGAUCCCUGCCCUCAGGGAGGUUGGAGUUAAUGUGAUUGCUAUUUCCGUGAGUAAAAGUUAACAGCCAUAUGGAAACAGUUUUAUCCUGCAAGGAAAAACACAGUCGUGAAACACUUUUAACAUAAACACAUUAAACCUUUACAAAUACAAUUGUCCAAAUAUCCAGGAUUUUCUUUAACUAAGAGUGUAAAGCAUAGGUUUGGAAAAGCAUCCUCUUUAUUCUCAGCCAACUUGCAGAUAUGUACAUCUCCCCAUUUUAAACCAAGAAAGGCAAUCAUGUUGUUGAUCCAGAUCACUGAGAAGGCCCAGUUCAUCCCGUUUUUAUUUUUGCUGAAACUGUACUUUUCUCUGACCCACACCUUACGAUUCCUCCUCUCUCUCAGAGACCCAUCCCUGACCUGGCACCAACACUAGUGACCUAGCUCCUUUGAGGGUACAUUCUAACCCAUUAUUUUCUCCCCCUUGGAGAUUUACUAAAUGUAAAGCUAGCCUAGAAACACCAAGUAAAUAUAGUUAAGGGAUAUAAGUUGUUUAAACAUUAGAAAGAUUCUGCACUCAUUUUUAGCCAUAUUCAGAAUGUCAAUAAUCCCAUAGCGAAUUUUCACAGAGGACUUUAUGAAAUUCUUAUGGUUGGUAAAUUUCAAUUUCAAAGCUCGUUGGUUUAUUUGCUUUUUAAAUUUUUAUGCUAUAGGGAGAAUAUGAUUCUGAUUGUUCAGAGUUGUUAUUAAUUAUUAUAGUUGUGUAAAAUUCUUUCAUUUUAUUUGUUUGAUUAUUUUAUUUUGUGUGUAUUGUGCACAGCUUUAUGGGGGAAGUGCACUAAUUGUGCUGUUCCUUAUAAAUGGUACACAUUAUUGACACAGACAAAUAAAGUUUCUAAUUGUUUCUGAUUUAAUCACUAGUGACACAGCA